GUGCAUGUUCCGGUAAAUAGCCGGACUUGUUUUGAAUGCGCACCCGUCAUGGCCGCCUCCGGUAGCAGAUCAUGCUUCCAAUACCUAUUCCAUCUUGCUCAUGAUAAUCUGGAGUUUAGGCUACCGGAAAUCAAGGCUCUGCUGGCUCUCCGAUCGAAACCAUUCCAUCCUUGUGAAAACUUCAAAGAACAGUCUCCUUUCUGGUGCUUGGACCGUUUGUCAGAGGAAGAUGUUUGCACCGUUAUGGCCAGAUCUGUUUGUGCAAAGUCUGCUUUUGAGCUCUGGGGCCAUGGAAGAACACACAGUGAACUUAGAACAUCCCUGUUAAAAUACCCACAAGAGAAAAUGAGUCCAUACAUGCAGAAAGGCUCUUCCUACAGAAUAAACGUCUACACUUUCAAUAAAACAUUGUUGUUUGAAGACAGAAUCAAAAAGAUUGAUGCGUUGGAUUAUCUUCCCUUUGAAGGCACGGUGAGCUUGAAGAACCCUCAGCACAUCUUCUGUUUGUUGGAGGAUUAUGGCACAGACCCCAACAACAUCCCUGAGCAUCCAAACUACAUCUACUUUUGCAGAUGGAUAGCAGACGGUCAGCGGGAACUGAUUCGCUCCUACAGUGUGAAGAACAGGCAUUUCAUCGGCAACACCAGCAUGGAUGCCGGCCUGUCAUUCCUCAUGGCCAACCAUGCGAUGGUCAAGGAGAACGACCUCGUUUUCGACCCAUUUGUAGGCACGGGGAGCCUUUUGGUAUCCUGUUCUCAUUUUGGAGCGUACGUGUGUGGAACAGACAUUGAUUACAACACCAUUCACGGAAAAGGUCGGUCCAGUCGCAAAAACCAGAAAUGGCGAGGUCCCGAUGAGAACAUCCGAGCCAACCUACGGCAGUACGGAACAGAGAACAUGUAUGUUGACGUGAUGGUGUCCGACGCAUCCAAGCCGGUGUGGAGGAAUGCAGCUCUGUUUGACGCCAUUAUUACUGACCCUCCAUACGGUAUUAGAGAGGCAACGAGAAGAACGGGCUCCCAUAAGGACGCUGCUAAAUCCCCUGAUGGCCCAUACGCAGAGUCCCAUGUACCGGUCUCACAGGCGUACCACCUGAGUGACAUCUUUAUUGACCUGUUAAACUUCUCUGCCCACCACCUUGUCUUGGGUGGGAGGCUCGUCUAUUGGCUGCCAGUCUGCAGGCCAGAGUACUGCGAGGAGAUGGUUCCUCUUCAUCCUUGUCUUCGGCUCGUCAGCAACUGUGAGCAGACGCUCUCAAGCCAGAUAUCACGGCGGCUAAUCACCAUGGAGAAGAUUAAGGAGCCAGAGGAACUUGACAGCCUGGUUCAUCUUUCAGACCCCCGCGCGAGCCCCUACCAGAGACACAACGCCUUCAGAGAGAAGUAUUUCAGUGGACAAAACAAAAGGUCUGGCAAGGACGACCCAAAAACAGACGUCAGUGGAAAGUGAAGAAACAAGGGCUCUAUAAUAGCAAGCAAUUCCUUUGAGUUUUCCAAAAAAGAAAAUAGAAAACAUUUUAAAUGUUUGUUCUUGUGGAUCUUAAAAAAAUUUCUUAUUAUUUGUACGACUUUGCUAAUAAAAGGAAAAAAAAA